AGAGACGGAGAGAGAGAGAUGGUGAUGUAAAUAGGUAAGGCAUAGUUUGACAGGAGGAGAGAGAUAAAGAGUGAGUGUGUUUGAGAGAGAGAGAGAGAGAGAGAGAGAGAGAGAGGGAGAGGGAGAGGGAGGGGUGAGACGGACAGUGCGCGCGGGACAACAGCACACCGGCCGGAUCCGGGAGUCGCGAGUCGCGAGCAUGGAGAUCCGUCCAGAUCGCUUCAAGGCUGUGGCAGCUAAAACCUUAGGGAAGGUGCACAGAAUCCUUGAGAAGCGUCAGGAGAAUGGAGAGACCAUCGAGCUGUCGGCAGAGGGCAGGCCAGAGUUGGUGGAGGAGAAGGAGCUGCCCAUCGUGGACUGCACAUGCUUUGGCCUGCCGCGCCGUUACAUCAUCGCUAUGCUCUCCGGCCUGGGCUUCUGCAUCUCUUUCGGCAUCCGCUGCAACCUGGGUGUGGCCAUCGUCAGUAUGGUCAAUGAGCACACUGUUUUUAAAGGAAAGAAGCCCAUCAUAGAGGCUGCUCAAUUCACGUGGGAUCCAGAGACAGUGGGGAUGAUCCAUGGCUCGUUUUUUUGGGGUUACAUUGUCACGCAGAUCCCCGGAGGAUUCAUCUGUCAGAAAUUUGCUGCCAACAGAGUGUUUGGCUUUGCGAUUGUGGCCACGUCCGUCCUGAACAUGCUGAUACCGGCCGCGGCACGAGUCCACUAUGGAUGUGUCAUUAUGAUCAGGAUAUGCCAGGGUCUUGUGGAGGGCGUGUCAUAUCCUGCAUGCCAUGGUAUCUGGGCCAAAUGGGCUCCGCCUCUCGAGAGAAGCCGAUUGGCCACGACAGCUUUCUGUGGGUCGUAUGCUGGAGCUGUGGUGGCCAUGCCUUUAGCUGGAGUGUUAGUGCAGUAUACUGGAUGGUAUUCUGUGUUUUAUGUAUACGGUAGUUUUGGGAUAUUAUGGUACCUCUUCUGGAUCUUGGUGUCCUACGAGAGUCCAGCUGUCCAUCCUACCAUCACCCCAGAGGAAAGAAAAUACAUUGAGGAUGCAAUCGGUGAAACAGCAGGACUGGUCAAUCCUCUUCAGAAAUUUAAGACACCCUGGCGUCAUUUCUUCACUUCAAUGCCGGUGUAUGCCAUCAUCGUGGCUAACUUCUGCAGGAGCUGGACCUUCUACCUGCUCCUCAUCAGCCAGCCUGCGUACUUCGAGGAGGUGUUUGGCUUCGAAAUCAGCAAGGUGGGGUUGGUGUCUGCACUUCCUCACCUAGUGAUGACCAUCAUAGUGCCAGUGGGGGGGCAGCUGGCUGACUACCUGAGGUCACACAACCUAAUGAGCACUACAAACGUCCGCAAACUCAUGAACUGUGGAGGAUUCGGAAUGGAGGCCACUCUGCUGCUGGUGGUGGGCUUCUCUCACACUAAAGGAGUGGCGAUAUCCUUCCUCGUAUUAGCUGUUGGAUUCAGUGGUUUCGCUAUCUCAGGCUUUAAUGUGAAUCAUCUGGACAUAGCUCCACGUUAUGCCAGCAUCCUGAUGGGCAUUUCUAAUGGAGUGGGCACUUUAUCUGGCAUGGUGUGCCCCUUAAUAGUGGGAGCCAUGACUAAACAUAAGACACGUGAAGAGUGGCAGUAUGUCUUCCUCAUUGCAUCAUUGGUGCACUAUGGGGGUGUGGUCUUCUAUGGUAUAUUUGCGUCAGGAGAGAAACAGCCUUGGGCAGAUGCUGAGGACACCAGCGAGGAGAAGUGUGGCAUCCUGGGAGAAGACGAGCUCGCCAAUGAGACAGAAGAGCUUUACAGGACGGGUGGGCAGUAUGGCGCAAUAAACCAACCCAAUCCUGCAGGGCCUAACGGGGGCGAGGCUGGGGGUGGAGGGGGAUGGGUCUCAGACUGGGACAAAACAGAAGAAUAUGUACAACCAGCGGGCAGAAAUAGUUAUCUUUAUGGAGGAGAGGCAGACAGAGAGCUUACAUAGUGGCAGAAAUAUAUACUUAAAAGCAAGAGAGCAUUAGUGUAGAAGUGAAAAGUAUAAUGUCAUGCUGUCCGCAGUAAAAUCUCCAGUGUAAAAUGAACUUAAAUUUAACAUGAUAGAUUUUACUGUGAAUAGACAAUGAGGCUGUACUACUGCGAUGAGUGAGUGAGUAUGACUGUGUGUUUGUGAAUGAGAAUUGUUGAAAAGUUGUGUCAAACUGAGAAAUGCUGUGCAGAUACGUGAAUGACUUACAGUGCUUGUGUGUGAGUUUGUCAGUGUGGACAAUGACGGUGCUGUGUUUUAACUUCAGUGUUUUAGGCUUCCUGCCAAAAUCGCUGUAAUGCACUUAAUAUGAAGAUGAAUAUCGGUUACUGAAUGCAUACAUGUAUGUGUAUAGUACUGUGCAACAAUCAAAGACCACGCUGCAUUUAUUUAGUUCUCUGUCAAAACAGAGUACAAGUUAACCAUUUCCUAUGUGAUAUUUCUGAGGAGAUUAGAUAUAAGAACAUAAGCAAGAGGAAAGUCAAAGGAAAAA